AUGAGUUCGAAAUUCAUAAUCGAUAGUAUGCUACCUAAGUACCACCAGCAGUUUCAUCAUCAACAGUUGUUCUCGAGCGCGAAUCCCGGCACGAUCCAGGCGUGUACAACUAGUCCUGCCACCGCGAGUUUAGAAUCGAGCCUAUCCGCGGCUGCAGUCGCGGCCGCGGCAGUGAAUUACGCGCAACAGCAUAAUUCCCCAAGCCCGACGGGCUCGAGUCCUCAGCACUCAGGAAGUUCCGCAUCGACGUCACCGGCGGCUAGAACCACAUCCAGUAUGUAUCCUUACGUGUCGGCGGCUGCGGCCCACCACCAUCAUCAGCAGCAGCAAGCUGUCGCGGCGGCUGCUUUUGGUGCCACGUCUAGCAUGGUGCCGGGUUUCGGUUCAUCGGCGGCAUCGAGCGCCGCAUUGGCAGCGGCCGCGGCCGUCGACGCCGCGACCGCCGGCGAUAAGUCCUGUCGUUACACCGCCAGCCUCACAGGAAACGUCGCGCCGUCCUCCGCCGAUCCAAUGGUCAAUUACACCCUUGGUCAUCAUCAUCAAAACGGAGCUACACCCGGUAGCUUGGUGUCCUCCGCGUCAGCCUCCUCCGCUGUAUCGGCCGCGUCCGCAUCCAUGGCCGCCGCUGCACAGUUCUAUCAUCAGGCUGCCGCUGCAUCGGCCGUCGUCGAUCCUCUUACGUCCUGCCAGCAACCUACCACGGGACAACCUGGUAUCUCGGACAUUCCCCGAUAUCCGUGGAUGUCUAUCACCGAUUGGAUGAGCCCGUUCGACAGAGUCGUGUGCGGGCCAAAUGGCUGUCCGAGGCGCAGAGGUCGACAGACGUACACGCGGUUCCAGACGCUCGAGCUGGAGAAGGAGUUCCACUUCAACCACUACCUGACGCGACGACGGCGAAUAGAGAUCGCUCAUGCUCUCUGUUUAACGGAACGACAGAUCAAGAUCUGGUUCCAGAACCGGCGGAUGAAGCUGAAGAAGGAGCUGAGGGCGGUGAAGGAGAUCAACGAGCAGGCGAGGCGGGAACGCGAGGAGCAGGACAUGAUGAAGAAACAGCAGGCGGAGAAACAGGCGAAGAUGCAGCAGGAGCAACAGAACGCGGCUCUUCAGCAUCAGCAACAGCAUCACGUGAGCGGUCUGGACAAGACGCAGAGCGAUCUUCUGAAGGCGGUUAGUAAGGUGCCCACAUAGGAGACUUUGCUCAGCCGGUUGUCUUUCUUUUAAAAGAGGAAACAAGAGACUGGACACAGCAGCCUGGACGCGGACAUCGAAGC